AUGCAUAGCUACGGCGGCGGCGGCGGCGGCGCCAUGGCCACGGACGCGGCGUUGGACACCGGCGGGGACGACAUGCAGCGCCUGCUCAACGAGCUGAUGCUCGACAUGGCCGCCGAGUCCGACUCCUUCGACGACGACAUGGAGGCGGCCUCCUCCGAGUCCUCGUCGUCCGCCUGCUCGGCCAGCCAGCAGGAGGCCAGCCGGCGGCCGCAGCAGCAGCAGCCGGACGGCGACCGCACCACCAGCGACAACAACAACAAGGGUUCCAAGAAGCAGCUGCAGCCCUUCAUCGGCGUGCGCAAGCGUCCCUGGGGCAAGUUCGCGGCCGAGAUCCGCGACUCCACGCGCAAGGGCGCCCGCGUGUGGCUGGGCACCUUCGACAGCCCCGAGGCCGCCGCGAUGGCCUACGACCAGGCCGCCUUCUCCGUGCGCGGCGCCGCCGCCGUGCUCAACUUCCCCGUGGAGCGCGUGCAGGAGUCGCUGCGCGCACUGGCGCUCUCCUCCGCCGCCCCUGCCGCGGGCGGCUCCCCUGUCCUGGCGCUCAAGCGCCGCCACUCCAUACGCAAGCGCUCCCCGAACAAGAACAAGCAGCAGCAGCAACAGGUGGCCGUGGCCGCCGCACCAGCAGCAGCAGCAGCAGCAGCCCCGUGCCCCGGCGGCAACGUUGUGGAGCUGGAGGACCUCGGCGCCGAUUACCUUGACGAGCUCCUCCGGGUGUCAUCCGAGUUCCAUUGGCAAUAA